CAUAAUUUUUAACAUCAAUUUCUAUCUAUCAAUUAAAAGAUAAUCUUAAUAUUUGACGAAUAAAAUACACAAAAAAAUGGCCGCCGUUUCUCAUUUGAAGAACAAGAAAGAGGCGAAAAUGCGGGAAGCUGUGGAAAAGGUGAUGUCUAAGUGUGGAGGGGGAGGGGGACCUAUAUCUGUGAAAAGUCUCCUAGAAGUUCUCAACGCAAACAAAAUUCAACCAGACUCUAGGGAAAUGGCAAAAAUAGAAAAAUUAUCGGAUGAUCAUGGAAAUAUAGACAGACAGGAAUUCAUGGACUUUGCUAAAAAAUCUUCUCUUAUCAAGGAGUUUCUUGACUCGGAGAGAACAAAAAACAUUGACAAAGCAGAAAUUGCUUUCAAGGCAAUAGAUCGAGAUAACAGUGGGUACAUUGAUGCAGGGGAACUCGGUAAACUUGGCGCAAAAAUGAACAAGGAUCAAAGAGAUGCACUGAUGACGAAACUAGACAAAGACGGAGAUGGGAAAAUAACUCUUGAUGAGUUCAGAACUCUCUUUAAAUAAAACUUUAAUUCUUCCCCUUUCUCCCGAUACACCUUUUUAUCUAUAUAUCAAUCCCUGUUCUGAAACCUGACCAAUUUAUCGUAGUCCUGACUCUGAUUUUGGUCUUGAUCAGUCAUGAUCUAGAUCUGUCCUGAUCCAGAUCUGGACUUGAUCUAUUCUAGUCCUGAUCCUGAUCCCAAAGCUGAUCAUACUCCUGAUCCUGAUCCAACCCCUGAUCUUUGGUUUAAUCCUGAUCCUGAUCCAUAGAUCCGUAUCCUUGGAUUGAUCUUGAUCUAGAUCUAGAAUUUGAUUUGAUCCUAAAAUGAUCCUGAUCAUUAAAUCUGGAUCCUGAUUCUUAUUCUGAUCAAGAUUAAAAUCAAAAUUUCAAGCUAAAUUAAAAACUGAUGUAUAUAAGUUGUAUACGACCCUUUGAUCAUUAAAAUAUGUAUGUUUAUAAAAUGAAGACCCUCUUUAACAUUUUAUUUUGUCAGCUUUAUAUGCUGUACUUAAAAAGUCGGCGGUAAAUAAAAGAUUAGUUUUAACGUGUGUGAGUUAAAUAUUUAAAAAUUCUAUCCCCGCUUUAAUAUAUCAAAAGUGACUAUUUUACAGGAAAGUAUAGAUUUAAAACAAAAAUACUUGUUGACAGUUUAUAUAAAUAUAAGUUAUUGUGUG